GUUGGAUCGCGGAACGGUCACACUGUGGCACAACAUAAAAGUGUGAAAAUUUUGUAAAAUAUUCCGACAAGUACAGCGUUUUGAUCGAUUCGGGAGCAAAAAUCAGCACCCGUAGCAAAGCGCCCGCGUGUUCCACCUGAUCCGAGGAUGCAGAGAUCCACAGACCGGAUUCGGCGGCUCAAGAAGCUGAAGAGCGUUACGGGAACGCAGGAUGCGAGUGGCGGCGGCGGUGACGGAGCGCCGACGGCGGAGAGCCGCACAUCCGAAUCGUCGGACACAAACGGCGGAGGAGCAGGCGGCGGAUCGGGCAACAAGGAUCCCGGCUCCCUGAAUCUGGACAUCUUCAAGCACUUUGACAAAUCCGGACGGAGCGAAUUCCUGAAGUACCUCAAGCAGCAGCUGCAGGAUGCGGCCGAUACGCCCGUCUACGACCAGAACGGCGAGUUCAAGCAGGGCAUCUCGCAUGCCAUCUACCAGCUCCUCUGGCAGGCCCUGCGCCACACCCACAAGAAGGACCUGGUGCUCCAUCUGCUCCUGGAAGUCGUGGCUCUCCAUGCGGACUUUCCCAGCCUUAUAGUGGACGUGAUAAACAUUCUGGACAGCGAAACCUCUCUCAUUACCGAUGACUUUCAAGAGGUGCGACAUGCCUUUGUGCAACUUGUCAAGGACUUGGACAAGGUGGUGCCCGAAAGUCUAUUAAAGGAGCGUUUGGAAAUUGACACGCUACAGGAGGCGGGCAUUGUGAAGAACAAGAGCUUUUAUUCCAAGUUCAUUAAGGUCAAAACCAAGUUGUACUACAAGCAGCGUCGCUUUAAUCUUUUCCGUGAGGAGAGCGAGGGCUUUGCCAAGCUUAUAACAGAGCUCAAUCAGGAAUUCGAUGAGACAACCACGCCAGAGAGCAUUAUGGACAUCAUUAAAUCCCUGAUAGGCUGCUUUAAUCUGGAUCCCAAUCGCGUGCUGGACAUUAUUAUCGAGUCAUUUGAGACCCGCCCGGAUCGCUGGAACUUGUUCAUUCCCCUGCUGCGCAGCUACAUGCCCACCGGUGCCAUAAUUUGCGAGGUCCUCGGCUACAAGUUCUGCCACUUUAAGGACUCCCGCACUCCACGCUCUUUGUAUCAUGUGUGCGCCCUUUUGCUGAAGCACGGCGUAAUUGAACUGAAUGAUGUGUAUGUGUGGUUGACUCCAAACGAUGGGAGCAUUAAGGCGGACUGGGAGGAGGAGUUGGCCGAUGCCAGGGAAAUGGUGCGCAAGCUUAACCUCAUUCAAACUAAUAAGAAGGAGGACGAAAAGGAUCCGCCGCCGCCGCCCUCGGUUAAGAAAUUCAAUGAGGAAAAAUACAAUGUCAAUCAAAAGUUUGGCCUCUGCGAGGCUCUACUUAAAGUGGGUGACUGGGAGAAUGCCUACAAGAUCAUCCAGAAGCUGCCGGAGCAGGCGGUUGUACUCCAGGAGCCAAUUGCCCGUGCCAUUGCCGAUCUGAUUCACCUCUCCGUGGAGAACAUCUACUACAAAAAGUGUUUUAAAGCGCCCGCUGGAAGAAGACAGAGUCGAAAUCGUUUGUACGACGAUUCCAAGUUGGUGGCCAAGAUGCAGGCAAAGGAAUUCAGCGAUUUGCGGAAGUAUACCUGGCCAAUGGCGAAUGUCUUGGGCCCAGCCAUGCACUACGACACAGUGCUGAUGUACAAGCUCAUUCGGAUUAUGCGGAAAUUGGUAGUGGAGAUGGGCGUGGAUAGCCUUAAUGGACCGCCUCCCAAUUCGGAGGCGGAGCAGCACUAUUAUGACAUAAUGAGCUCGCUGGAUGCCUGCAUUUUACCCUCGCUUCUCUACUUGGACAACAACUGCUCGAUGUCCGAGGAGAUUUGGGCCGUGCUCAAGUAUUUCCCGUACCAUUUCCGUUACAGUUUGUAUGCUCGCUGGAAAAACGACAGCUACCAGCUGCAUCCGAAUUUGAUCAGGCGUUGCGGUUUGGCUCAGCGGGAUAUCAAGGCGCUGAUGAAGCGAGUGAGCAAGGAGAACGUUAAGCAGCUGGGUCGCCUGGUGGGCAAAUACAGCCAUUGUGCCCCAGGACUGCUGUUUGACUAUAUUCUUUUGCAAAUUCAGAUCUAUGACAAUCUCAUCGGGCCCGUUUGCGACAUGCUCAAGUAUCUUACUGCCCUCUCCUUCGACUGUCUGGGCUACUGCAUCAUCGAGUCGCUGACGUUGACGGGUCGUCUCAGGUUCAAGGAUGAUGGCACCUCCUUAUCCUUGUGGCUUCAGAGCCUCGCCUCUUUCUGCGGCACCAUUUACAAGAAGUACAGCAUCGAGCUGAGUGGAUUGCUGCAGUACGUGGCCAAUCAGCUGAAGUCACAGAAGAGCCUGGAUUUACUGAUUUUGCGAGAGAUUGUGCACAAGAUGGCCGGUGUAGAGUCCUGUGAGGAGAUGACUAACGAUCAGUUGCAGGCCAUGUGUGGUGGCGAGCAGCUCAGGGGAGAGGCUGGUUACUUCAGUCAAGUGAGGAAUACGAAAAAGUCUUCUAAUCGCCUGAAGGAGGCCUUGGCCAACAAUGAUCUCGCCGUGGCCAUUUGCCUGUUGAUGGCCCAGCAGAAGCACUGCGUCAUUUAUCGCGAAACGGCGGCGCACAGUCACUUGAAGUUGGUAGGAAAUCUGUAUGAUCAGUGCCAGGACACGCUCGUCCAGUUUGGCACCUUCCUGGGGUCCACCUAUUCGGUGGAUGAGUAUGUGGAGCGGCUGCCCUCGAUUAUAACCAUGCUGCGGGAGUAUCACAUCAAUACAGAUGUGGCCUUCUUCCUGGCCAGGCCCAUGUUCACGCAUCAAAUUAAUCAAAAAUACGAUCAGUUGCGCAAGGCUGAUCCGAAUGCCAAGAAGCUGACCACGACGCAAAAGUUGCAAAAGUAUUUGGAGGCCACGCAGCUGAUAAUGAAUCCGAUUGUCGAGUCAGUUCGACCUCUGCACAGCGCCAAGGUGUGGGAGGACAUCAGUCCACAGUUUCUGGUCACCUUUUGGAGUCUGAGCAUGUAUGAUUUGCACGUUCCAAACGACAGCUAUCAGCGCGAGAUUGGCAAGCUGAAGCAGCUGGCACAGCAGGCGGCCGAGGGCAAGGACUCGAAUCAAUCGAAGAACAAGAAGGAGCAGGAGCGUUACAUUGCGCUAAUGGAGAAGCUGAACGACGAGCGCAAGAAGCAGCAUGAGCACGUCGACAAGAUCUCGCAGCGGCUGCAGGAGCAAAAGGAUAGUUGGUUCCUGCUCCGAUCUGCCAAGUCGGCCAAGAACGACACAAUCACACAGUUCCUGCAGCUCUGCCUCUUCCCGCGUUGCACUUUCACAGCCUUGGAUGCAUUGUACUGCGCCAAGUUCGUGCACGCCAUACACAACCUGAAGACCUCGAACUUCUCCACUUUGCUGUGCUACGAUAGGAUCUUCUGCGACAUCACCUAUUCGGUUACUUCGUGCACGGAGGGCGAGGCCACGCGAUAUGGUCGCUUCCUGUGCGCCAUGCUGGAGACCGUGAUGCGCUGGCAUGCGGAUCAGGCAGUUUUCAACAAGGAGUGUGCCAACUAUCCUGGUUUCGUGACCAAGUUCCGUGUGAGCAAUCAGUUCUCAGAGGCCAACGAUCACGUCGGCUACGAGAACUAUCGCCAUGUGUGUCACAAGUGGCACUACAAGAUCACCAAAGCGAUUGUUUUUUGCCUGGACUCCAAGGACUUUAUGCAGAUUCGAAAUGCACUGAUUAUCUUGAUGCGAAUCCUGCCCCACUAUCCUGUUCUUGCCAAAUUGGCGCAAAUCAUCGAGCGCAAGGUGGACAAGGUGCGCGAGGAGGAGAAGACUAAGCGGCCGGAUCUGUAUGUCAUUGCCUCAAGCUAUAUUGGUCAGCUGAAGCUGAAGACUGCGCACAUGCUCAAGGAGAGCGAUUUCCACCAGAUGGCCGAGCGGCCCACAAAGGAGUCGCCAGCCAGUGCUGGUGCUCCCAGCGCUGGCAUUAAAACGGAGAAAUUAUCUCCCAUAUCGCCGCCACUGAUUGCACAAGCGACUAAGGUCGCCGGCUCAGCUGCUCCGUUCUACAACAACGAACAAAAGUCGGGCACCAAGGAGCCAGAGGCUAAAGCAGCUCCCCUCCGCGAAUCGAAGAGCCUGAAAAGCGAGGGCAACAGCGUCCCUGUGCUUUCCACAGCCUCCUCGACGGCUUCCAACAACGAUCGUGAGAGCAAGCAGCGUGAUUUACCAGCGCCACGGGAAUCCCAGUCGCGCAGCAAGGAUGAGCAGCUGGAGCAGACCAACAACGGUAGCAAUGGCAGCCGACAGAGCGAAAGUCGCAAUCGCGAUGUAGAGCGAGACAGGCAGGAUCAGCACGAGCAGCGUCACGGCAGCCUGAGUAGCCAUCGGAGCACCAGGGAUGCGGUUAGGGUCAAGGAGCCGCGAACUGAGGCCGAACAGCAUCAGCGGUCGCGGGAGCGCUCCCAGCGUCUGGAGGAGUUGGAGGCGCAGCAGCGGAAGCGCGAGAAAUCAUCGCGUCGCGGCGGUGAAGAUCGCCAUCGGCACGGAGAUGGCGUCGAAACGGUUGAUCUGGUGGGCAGCACCGAUAAUCGCCACUACGAGGAGUUCGAGGGACGGAUGAGAGAUUUGAGUUCAGUGUCCAACGAAAGCAACGGUUCAAUGCAGCAUCGGCAACGUAGCCAUGAGACAAUUGAAUACGAAAAAGUAGAUUCAAAGCGUCGCAAAUUGGAGUCGUCAACCAGCAGUUCAAAGAAGGUGGAGGAACUGGUGGACAGCGUGAAGAAGGCUCGCGGCCUCAAGACCAAAGAGCGUAACAAGGACAAGCUGUCGGAUGAGGAGCGAGAUGCGCGCAAGGAUCGCAAGCUGGGGAGGAAGCGCGAUCGCACCGAGGAGUCGAAUAGCAACGAACAUAAGCGCCGGCGCGAAGCACAAAAUGGUGAAGAAGAAAUACGGGAUAGAGAGCGGCAUAGGGAGAAGUCACCGCGGGAGCGUUCACAUGAGAAAUUCGAUAGAGAGCGUGGAGGGGCCAGCAGUUCACGGGGCGAGGACCGGCAAUAUGUGAGCAAGUCGACUCGCUCCUCCAGAGUCAACUACUAA